AUGUGGAGAUGGCCUUGGCACGCCUCACGGUGGAGACGUCUCGUGGGCUUCUGCUGCAGCACUGGCACAACUGCACUUCGCUUCCAGGCUUUCUCCCAUGGGCGGUCAGGGUCGUCAUCAGGGAUGACCUUUCCUUAUGCUCCCUGUGACAUGCCAGCUCAGAAGGACGCUCACCAAGGCACGCGAGGAGAAGGAGGCGACUUCUGGGUGGGAAUCCACAUGCAGAGCGGCCUGGCGAGAACAACUGUCAACAAACCGUGCAUCCCACCGCGGGCUGGACGAGGAUCAAUGGGCCUGGAAGAACUCUACGGAAGGAAGAAUUGGGUCUGCCUGCAAUAG